ACGAGUACACAUGCAUAUGGUCAGUACACAUUGCGACGCCGCAGCGUGAACAGUUCUGAAAGAUCGUGCGUCAACCGAAGUAAGUGCUUUUCGUGAAUUAGUGCGACAAACGAUGAACGUGUACAAAAACGAAUUUGUGGGUUGUCAUCUCCACCAACAAAAGUUUGACAGUUUGAGGAGUAUACGUGAAAAGGUUAAUUGGGACGUUGAAGAGGAACGACAGGAUUUUCUCUGUCAACUUAACCUCUUAUUCAGCGAUUGGAAGUGCCAAUAUCAGUCCGAAGAAAUCGACUGGCUUCUCACGGAAUCUAUCACUUUUCGUGACGAAGAGGAUUACAAUCGUUCAGGAGAACUAAUCAUUAAAUUCGUGGCUAAAAGCGGCUACAAAUAUCAGCCUAAAAUUGAGCAAGACGGUAAGCCACGUGUGCGUCGAACUACAGCACUGCAUCAUGUGGCUAGGAGCGGAUUUCUUAAUAAGGACAUCAUGGUCCGUGAGCUUUUUAAAAUUUACAAUAAUUUCGACGUUAAUUACACCGACUCGUCUGGCCUGACUCAUUUCCAUGUGGCCUGCGCUAUCGGCUGCGAUGAUGUCGUCGAGAAAUUUCUCGAGCUCGGCCAGGAUCCCAAUCUGCUUGUGCAUGAGACAGGCUAUUCUGCGCUACACUUCGCUUUGGCCUAUGACAGAAGUGAAGUGGCACGAUUGCUGCUCAAUAGUGGCGCCGACCCGAACUUGGCCAAUCCAGAGGGAUCGACUGCUUUGCACCUCAUAUGCAAGAUGAAUAGUCCUAAUAACUUAAUGAGGCUGCUGUUCGAGAUCAGCGAUAAAAAAAGUCAACCGUUGUCGCUCGACGCUCGGGACAAGGAGGGUAAAACAGCUCUGCACUUGGCUUUGGAGAACGGACACAGGGAAGUGGCACGAUUGCUGCUUGAAAGAGGCGCCGCCCCCAACUUGGCCAAUCCAGAGGGAUCGACUGCUUUGCACCUCAUAUGCAAGAUGGAUCGCCCUAAGGCCUUAAUGAAAUUGCUGUUCCAGAUCAGCGAUGCAAAAAGUCAACCGUUGCCGCUUGACGCCCAAGACAUGGAGGGUGAAACUGCGCUACACUUAGCUCUUGAGAACGGACUUAAGGAUGUCGCCGAAUGGUUGCUGAGAAAAGGCGCCGAUUCGAACUUGGCCGACAAAGAGGGAUCGACAGCUCUGCAUAUCAUUUGUCAGAAUUUCGAAUACCAAUACUUGGCGGAGAUGAUAUUCGAUAUCAGCGACGAAAAUCAUCGACAUGUGCGAAUCGAUGCACAGGACAAAAACCAUUUGUGCACACCAUUGCACUGGGCUCUGUACCUCUGGGAUGAACCAGCUGCACGAUUGCUGCUGAGAAGAGGUGCCAAUCCAAAUUUGGCCGACAACAAGGGAUCGACAGCUCUGCAUAUCAUUUGCAAGAUAAGAUUUAAUGACUUGGCGAAUCUGCUAUUCCAGGUCAGCGACGAAAAACGUCGACGUGUGCUAGUCGAUGCACAGGACAAUGAGGGUAACACACCAUUGCACUUGGCUCUGGAGCAAAUGGACACAGAAAUGGUAGGAUUGCUGCUGAGAAGAGGGGCCAAUCCAACAUUAGCCAAUAAGGAUGGACAGAUACCCCUGCACAUCGCUUGCGAGGUAUUCAACGACGAUGAAUCGCUCAGGAUGUUAUUCGAGCUUAGCAACGACAAAUACCAUUCGGUACAGUUAAACGCCAAGGGCAAAUGGGGUAAGACACCGCUGCAUUUGGUUCUGUAUAACAAAAACAAGGAAGCGGCUGAAUUCCUGCUGAGACGAGGUGGGGAUCCAGAUUUGACUGACAAUUUCGGAAAGACGGCUUUGCACGUUAUGUCCCACAGUUUCCACAACGAAGAUCUGGUGGAGAUAUUCUUCAAGGUAAGCGACGAGCUAAAUCAGCAGUUGCAGAUCGAUGCCCGAAAUUCUAACGGCAAGACACCGUUGUACUUGGCUCUUAAGCGGGGCAACAAGAAGAUGAUCGAGCAGCUUAUGAGACGCGGCGCCGACCCGAAUCUGGCCAAGAAGCAUGAUAACUCGACUCCACUGCACUUCAUCUGCUCGAUGGCCUCCGGCAACGACGUGGCGGGGGUAUUCUUAAAGAUAAUGAACGAAGAUAGACGUGAAACGGUGCUGAUCGAUGCGAGGGACGGGAAAGGUCGGACCCCACUGCAAUAUGCCGUAGCGAGAUUAUUGCCGAAUACCGUCGAUGUUCUACUGGAUCACGGCGCCGAUUUGUCUAACUUCGUUUUCCCAAACGAGACUAUCUUCCACUUCGGCGUUGAAUUUACAGUUGACACAAACAUAAGAAUUACGUCUGGCAUAUUGGCCGUCGUCGAGCGCCUCGAGACCAGAGGAUACGAGCUGAACCAAUCGGAUGCCCUGACGAUCAUGAAACUGUUUGCCAAGCACAAAUUGUUCGUCAAGCCGGCAGAUCUCGAAAAGCCCAAUUGGCACGACAACGUGAGGCUCGUCAGAACAGCCAAAGAGACGAUGAUAAUUCCGAGUCUGUCGCUCUACGAAUUGCUCCAGUUGCAACCUAAGGAGCUGGCGAAACGAAUCACCUUCGAGGAAUACUUCGAGUUCGCCCGCCGCUGGAAAAAAUUGAUGACGCUCCGCAAAGAAGGGUUUGAGGCGUGUGUCGUCGCGCAUCUGUGCGAGAAAUUAUCCAGAAGAUUUUUCCAGAGCUAUGCGUUGUACCCCUUUUGGGAUCUGAUACAUAAGCGGCUGCCGCUUGAGUGUUGUGACAUGAUCCUCAACAAUCUAAUGAACAAAGACUUGUAUCACAUUUUCGUGACUGCUGGCGAGUGA